AUGGCAGAAGAUAAUCGCUGUGUGCUGUCCCGGGCAAAGAACUGCACCGAGUGCAUCCGAGUGGAUAAGGACUGUUCCUUCUGUGCUGAUGAGAGCUUUGAAGAGCCACGUUGCGACUUGCGGGAGAACUUGCUGCGAUAUGGCUGCGCAGAGACCAGCAUCAUGUACUCCAGGGGUGGGAUGUGGACACAAAAGAAUACCAGUAUCAACACAUUCCUGCAGAGGACCCAGGUGUCUCCCCAGGGCAUGGCCAUGAACCUUCGAGCUGGGGAGGAGAUGAGCUUCAACAUGGAUGUCUUCCAGCCCUUGGAGAGCCCUGUGGAUCUCUACAUCCUCAUGGACUUCUCCUACUCUAUGUCUGAUGAUCUGAACAACCUCAAAAGCAUGGGCCACAACCUAGCGGCGUUCCUGCAAGACCUGACCUCCAAUUACACUAUCGGAUUUGGCAAGUUUGUGGACAAAGUCUCGUCCCCUCAGACAGACAUGAGACCUCAAAAGCUGCUCGAGCCCUGGCACAAAGCUGACUCCCCCUUCUCCUUCAAGAACGUCAUCCGCCUGACCAGCAACAUCGACUACUUCAACGAGAAGCUCCAGAAGGAGCGAAUCUCCGGCAACCUGGAUGCACCUGAGGGUGGCUUUGAUGCCAUCCUGCAGACAGCUGUUUGCAAGGAUAAGAUUGGCUGGAGGAAAGACAGCACUCACCUGCUCGUGUUCUCCACCGAGUCUGCCUUUCACUAUGAAGCUGAUGGUACCAACGUCUUGGCAGGGAUCUUGGCGAGAAAUGAUGAGCAGUGUCACCUAGACACCCAUGGCACCUAUGUGUAUGACACCAAGCAGGACUACCCUUCAGUGCCCACCCUGGUGCGCCUGUUGGGUCGACACAACAUCAUCCCCAUCUUUGCUGUCACCAACCACUCCUACAGCUACUAUCAGAAACUGCACAAGUAUUUCCCCAUCUCUGAGAUUGGGGUGCUCCAGGAGGACUCUUCCAACAUCGUGGAGCUGAUCCGCACAGCCUUUGAGCGCAUUCGCUCCAAGAUGGACAUCCGGGCUGACUUCACCCCCAAAGCCAUCAAAACAGAGUUCACCUCCUCAAUGUAUGAAAAGACAGAAUCUGGCUCCUUCCACAUCACCCGUGGGGAAGUGGGCAAGUUCAACAUGCACGUGAAGGCACUGGAGUAUGUUGGUGGGCAGCACGUCUGCAGCCUCCCUGAGAAGGACAGGAAGGGAGUUAUCCACGUGAAACCCACGUCCCUGAGUGACAGCCUCACAGUUGAAACCUCUGUCGUCUGCGACGUGUGUACUUGUGAACAGCAAAAAGAGUGGAGCUCACCCAAGUGCAGCUUCCACGGGGACUUCGUUUGCGGACAGUGCAUCUGCCACCAAGGCUGGCGAGGGGACACGUGUGACUGCUCCCCAGAGGUUUCCUCCAACAACGAGGGCUGCAUCCGCCCCGGGGAUGUCGAGCCCUGCUCGGGCAGGGGUGAGUGCCUGUGUGGGAAGUGCCAGUGCUACUCCGAGGACCUGACGCAGCGCUUCGACGGGGAGUUCUGCCAGUACGACGUCCUGCAGUGCCCACGCAGCUCUGGCUUCCUCUGCAAUGAUCGUGGUCGCUGCUCCAAGGGAGCCUGUGUGUGUGAGAGUGGCUGGGAGGGUCCAGGCUGUGAGUGUCCCACGAGCAAUGACACCUGCAUCGACAGCCGAGGGGGCAUUUGCAAUAACCAUGGGAGGUGUGAGUGUGGCAGAUGCAUCUGUGACAUGGCUUCGCUGUACACCAGUUCCACCUGUGAAAUCAGCUACUCCCUGGGCUUCCAGGCUGUGUGUGACAGCAUCCGGGACUGUGUUACCUGCCAGACCUGGGGAACAGGCAACAAGAAAGGGAACUGCAGCACAUGCCACCUCCAGAUCCAGAUGGUGGAAGAGCUGAAGAAAGAGGAGGCUGGCGAGUACUGCUCCUUCCAGGAUGAGGAUGAUGAUUGCACAUACCACUACACCCUAGAGGGAGACCCCAGUGUCCUCCCCAACACCACUGUCCGUGUGCAGAAGAAUAAAGAGUGCCCUCCAGCGACCUUCUUCUGGCUCAUCCCACUGCUCAUCUUCCUCAUCCUGCUCCUGGGGCUGCUGCUGCUGCUCUGCUGGAAGUUCUGUGCCUGCUGCAAGACUUGCCUGGCCCUGCUUCCCUGCUGUGCACGAGGUCGCACUGUUGGCUUCAAGGAGGACCACUACAUGCUGCGCCACAGCCUCAUGUCCUCUGACCACCUGGACACCCCCAUGGUCCGCAGUGGGUCCCUCAAGGGUCGGGACACAGUCCGCUGGAAGAUCCACAACAAUGUUCACAAGCAAUCCUUCACCUCCCCCACUGCCACCAGCCCCAAAGACCUGGUUCCCUAUGGGCUGUCCCUGAGGCUGGCCAGGCUAUUCACACAGAACCUGAUGAAACCAGACACUCGGGAGUGUGAGCAGCUGCGCAAGGAAGUGGAGGAGAAUCUGAAUGAUAUUUUCAAGCACAUCCCUGGAUGCCACAAGCUCCAGCAGACCAAGUUCAGGUUACAGCCCAAUUCUGGGAAAAGGCAGGACCACACCAUUGUGGACACAGUGCUCACUGCCCCUCGCUCAGCCAAGUCAGACAUCAUCAAAGCAGUGGAAAAACAUGUUUCCCACGAGGCUUUCAAUGACCUGAAGGUUGCACCGGGUUAUUACACUGUGACCUCAGACCAAGAUGCUCAGGGCAUGGUGGAGUUCCAAGAGGCUGUGGAACUGGUGGAUGUCCGUGUCCCACUGUUUAUCAGGGAGGAGGAUGAUGAUGAGAAGCAGCUGCAGGUGGAGGCUAUUGAGGUCCCGAACGGCAUCGCGAAGAUUGGGCGCAGAGUUGUCAACAUCACCAUCAUCAAAGAACAAGCCAGCAGCCUCAUCACCUUCUUGCAGCCAGCCUAUUCCCACAGCCGCUUUGAUAAGCUGGCCAAGAUCCCUGUCCUCCGGGAGAUCAUAGACAACGGGAAAUCCCAAGUCACCUACAGGACCCGGGACCUCACUGCCAAGGAUGGCAGGGAUUACAUCUUCACAGAGGGUGGUCUUCCAUUCCAGCCUGGGGAGACCCGAAAGGAGAUACAGGUCCCCUUGCUGGAGCUGACUGAAAUAGACACCCUCCUAAACAACUACCAGCUCAAGCAAUUUGCAAUUGACCUCAUCCAUCCCAAGUAUGGUGCCAAGAUCGGCAGAUACCCCCAGACCACGGUGACCAUCGCUGACCCAGAACUGGUGGAUGGUGUCUCCUCGAUGUCUGGCAUGGGCCAGAUCCACCAGUCCACCAAAACCUACUUGAGUGCACCAUAUAAUCCUAAAGCCACUGCCCUCAGCUCCAGAGAAAUCAACUUCAACUGGUGUCCUCCACCUGGAAAACCUCUAGGGUACAAGGUGAAAUACUGGAUCCAAGGGGAUUCUGAGUCAGAAGCUAAUCUCAUGGAUGUCAAAACUCCACCAGCAGCACUGACUAACCUCUACCCCUUCUGUGACUAUGAGAUGAGAGUCUGCGCCUACAAUGCUGCGGGUGAGGGGGAUUACUCCGACAUCAUCCACUGCCGCACGCUGGAGGAAGUGCCCAGCGAGCCUGGGCGCUUGGCAUUCAACGUCGUGUCCUCCACUGUGACACAGCUGAGCUGGGCUGAGCCUGCAGAAACCAACGGGGAGAUCACAGCUUAUGAAGUCAGUUAUGGACUUGUCAACGAGGACAAUGAACCCUUUGGCCCAAUGAAGAAGGUGCUGGUUGAAGACCCCAAGAAGCGCAUGGUGCUGAUAGAAAACCUGCAUGAGUCCCAACCCUAUCGCUACACGGUGAGGGCCAGAAAUUCUGCUGGCUGGGGACCUCAGAGAGCAGCCACCAUCAACCUCGCUACGCAGCCCAAGCGCCCCAUGUCCAUCCCCAUCAUCCCUGAUAUCCCCAUCAUUGAUGCAGAGGGAGGUGAGGACUAUGACAGCUACCUGAUGUACAGCACAGAUGUGCUCCGCUCUCCAGCUGGCAGCAAGCAUCCCAGUGUCUCUGAUGAUACAGGCUCCAGGUGGAAAUAUGUGCCGUUGCUGGGAGAAGACUUGGAUCUUCGCCGCAUCACCUGGAGGCUCCCACCUGAAACCAUUCCCCGCCUCUCUGGCAGCAGCCGCCUCUCCUCGGACACCGAGGGGCUCCUCCAUGAGGAGGACAGCGAUGUGGCUCCUGGCAGUCUGAGGAGGAGCGGGACGCCCCGGCCCCAAGCAGAGCACUUGCUGAAUGGUCGGGUGGACUUCUGCUAUCCUGGCAGUGGCAGUGGCACACUGACCAGGAUGAUGAACACCAGUUACCACCAACUGAACUCCCACAUGCAUCAGGAGCACAGGGUGAUGGGGAGCUCCUCGCUGACAAGAGACUACUCCACGAUGCAGAUGGGGCAUGACUCCAGGAAGCCACUGGGCAUCCCUGACACCCCCACACGCCUGGUGUUCUCUGCCCUGGGACCCACGUCCCUGAAGGUGAGCUGGCAGGAGCCACGCUGUGAGAAGGAGGUGAAGGGCUACAGUGUGCAGUACCAGCUCCUCAACGGAGGAGAGGUGCAUCGAAUCAGCAUCCCCGACCCCAGACAGAACUCGGUGGUGGUAGAGGACCUGCUGCCCAACCACUCCUACAUCUUCAGGGUGAAGGCACAGAGUGAGGAAGGUUGGGGCCCUGACAGGGAAGGGGUCAUCACCAUAGAGUCCCAGGUGGACCCACAGAGCCCACUCAGUCCUGUUCCAGGGACACCCUUCACACUGAGCACCCCCUGUGCUCCUGGACCACUGGUCUUCACAGCCCUCAGCCCAGACUCUCUGCACCUCAGCUGGGAGAGACCCCGUGAGCCCAAUGGGCCCAUCUUGGGCUACAGGAUCACCUGUGAGAUGCUGCAUGGAGGAGGGGAGCCCAGGACUAUUUAUGUUGAAGGAGACAAUCUGGAAACCACCCUGACUGUGCCCCACCUGAGUGAGAAUGUCCCAUACAAGUUCAAAGUGCAAGCCAACACCACCCAAGGCUUUGGGCCAGAGAGAGAAGGCCUAAUCACCAUUGAAUCUCAGGAUAGAGGCGCUUUCUCCCAGCUUGGAGGACAGCAGUACGUGAGAGAAGAAGUGUACAAAUUCCCCACUGAAUACAGCACCAAAACCAGCAUCAGCCAUUCCUCUCUGGAUCCCCACUUCACAGAUGGCAUGUUGAUGACAACCCAGCGAGUGGAGAACACUAGCAGCACCCUCACCCAGGAGUUUGUGAGCCGGACCGUGAUGUCCAGCGGGACCCUCACCAAGCAGGUGGAGAGGCAGUUCUACGAGGCCUGA